UACCGGUAUAUCCAACGUUUGUGUUCGUUUUAUUCUUUGUAAUUGUCUCUGUCUAUUUCUUCCAUUCUCAUUUCUCUCUCUUUCUCUGUUUCCACAUGCCAUGGUUCGUUCUUCCUUGCUCUACUACUACUCUCAACGCCGUCUUGCAGGCUCUUUCAGGGGCUUCUUCUUCAUUCCCACAACCUUAGCUCUCUUCACCUCUUUCUUCAUUCUCUUCUACAUUUACUCCACUUCAAACAUCUUCACCCAUCACAACCACCACCCUUCCACUUCACAUUUCAAACCACACCCUCCCUUUUCCACUACCCCUUUUAUUGCUACCACUCCUCACUUCGUCCCUGUCUUCAACCACAAUGCUUCCGAGUCCACAAAAUCUCCUCCGACUUUCCAAUUGGGGUAUGGCCUCGGACCGCAAAGUCAACGGGGUCUGCCUCUGCCACCGCAAUUCAGCUCAAAGGUGUGCAGGGAAUGUUGUGUUUUUUAUGGUUCAGGAAAAUUUGAGAAUAACGACGUGUUCCAUGAUAGAGAUGUCUUUCUGGAAGACUAUAAAGAAAUGAAUAGGAGCUUAAAGAUAUAUGUUUAUCCUCACAGGGAAGACGAUCCUUUUGCAAAUGUGCUUUUGCCUGUGGAAUCUGAACCCGGUGGCAAUUAUACCAGUGAAAGUUACUUCAAAAAGGUACUUAUGAAGAGCCAUUUCAUUACAAAAGACCCACCAGAAGCAGAUCUUUUCUUUCUUCCCUUUUCCAUGGCAAGAUUGUGGCACGAUCGAAGAGUUGGUGUGGGAGGUAUACAAGACUUCAUUAGAGACUACAUUCAGAAUAUCAGUCACAGGUAUCCAUAUUGGAACAACACAGGUGGUGCCGAUCACUUUUAUGUUGCUUGUCAUUCAAUUGGAAGGUCUGCCAUGGACAAAGCACCUGAUGUGAAAUUCAAUGCCAUUCAAGUUGUAUGCUCAUCUAGUUAUUUUCUAACCGGGUACUUUGCUCAUAAGGAUGCAUGUCUACCACAAAUUUGGCCAAGAAAAGGAAAUCCCCCUAACCUUGUUUCAUCAAAGAGGAAAAGGCUAGCUUUCUUUGCUGGAGGAGUAAAUUCCCCAGUACGUGUAAAACUUCUUGAGACAUGGAAAAAUGAUUCAGAAAUCUUUGUGCACCAUGGAAGACUUAAAACACCAUAUGCAGAUGAAUUGCUAGGUAGCAAGUUCUGCCUUCAUGUUAAGGGCUUUGAAGUGAACACAGCUCGCAUUGGAGAUUCUCUAUAUUAUGGUUGCGUUCCAGUGAUCAUUGCCAACUACUAUGACCUUCCAUUUGCUGAUGUGCUAAACUGGAAGAGCUUUUCAGUUGUUGUCACUACCUUAGAUAUUCCCUUGCUGAAAAAGAUCCUCAAGGAUAUCAUCAGUUCCAAUAAAUAUUUGAUGUUACAAAGCAAUGUUUUGAAGGUGAGGAAACACUUCCAAUGGCAUUCACCCCCGCAAGACUUCGAUGCAUUUUAUAUGGUUAUGUAUGAAUUAUGGCUUAGACGAAGUUCUAUAAAAAAUUCGUGGGUAGAUUCUUUCAGAGUUUAAUUUAUAUGUAUGCCACUGUAAAAUAUUUUCACACAAGCAUUUAAUAAGAAUUUACUUUAUCAUGGUUAUAUCUUA